UGUUCCUCGCUACGCUUGCUUCUCCUUUACUUAUUUAGCCAAGCUACCCUCCAUCAUCACCUCCACGACGCCUGCCUCCUCCCUCCUCGUCCUUCACGCUACUACUACAAAAGACCACACACAAGCAAGCAGAGUCACAUCGCACCACUGGCUUGGCCAAUUCCAUCUCUCGCAUAAACUAUUUCUUGGAUCCCUUGAGAGAGGAUCUAGAGCAGCAGCAGCGGGAUCUGCGCGCGCAGCAGCAGCUUCCAUGGGCCUCGACGUCGCGGAAAUCUCUGAAUUGGCGGCGCUCCGGCCGAUCCAGACGGCCGUGAGCGGCUCACGGCUUACUUCAGGUCCCGGCGCGGACGAUGGCGCUGCCGAAACCGGCGGCGUCACACCCAAGGCGAGCGGCGCGCGAUCGGCCGCUGCAGGAGGAGCGGACGACGACGACGACGCUGCCGCCGAUACCGGCUGCGUGACGCCGAGGGCGAGCGGCUGCAUGGCCAUGCUGCCCAUCGCGCCGCUGCAGCAAGACGACCGCGCCGACGUCGGCUUCGCCACGCCGCUGGCCACGGGUGGAGUAAUUGGGCCGCGAGACGGAUGCGCCGCUGCCGGCGACGAGAACAGCUUCACCACGCCGACCACGGCCGACAGCGCGCUGUUGCCGGCCACGGUGUGCCCUCCGGCCCCGCGGAAGUCGGCGCCGGUUCCGACGAGGAAGCGGGCGCCGCUGCAGCAGCGGCUCUUCUACCCGGUGCCGCACGACCUGGCCACCGUCUUCGUGGCCGUGCCGCAGUGCCCGCCGCCCGCCAAGAAGAUGCGGUCGCACGCCGUGGAGUCAUCCGCGCCCCUAGGCACGUAAGCGAGUCAUCUGCGUCUCUCUCUCUCGUUCCCGCAAUUCAGCACCCCGCGCAGGUCACAUGCAUGCGUGCAUGCUGCUGCGCGCCAUUGCCUUGGCCGAAGGAAUUCUCCAGAGAAGCGGAAGCGAAGUGGAUUUCUCUUUCCUGUCCUUCUCCGCAUGCAGAAUUGCAGAUCGAGCCUGAACAAUCGAAUUGUACAUACACCGCCCGCCUGCAUGCGCACUCGCGUGGUGUUCAACCGCCACGGCGCAAAUCAAGCAGCUGAUCGUGGAAUCAUAGGCUUGCGAAUAAUCAGCUCUGCACGCCAGACUUUGGCGCCCGUGAGUGGCCGCCAAUUGCUCUGUAUUUGCGCCUCAAUCCCCUCGCGGGGAAUUGUGUAAACUCUACUGUAAUCUCUUGUAAACUCUACUAGUACCAUUUUGUCUUGUGUACUUGUUUCGA